AGCAAGGUGGGCUCAAGCCUUGCUGGCUGAAGUCACUCUGGUCGAAGCUAUAUUUGCUGCACCCAGCCAAUGGAAUAUUACGAAGAAAACUCGACCAGGAAGGUGAAGAGCAGCUGCCCAUACGAUGUCAUUUACAUAUCGGCAGUCGGCGUGUGUGCGUGUGCGCUUGGAUGCCUCAAGAUGGCGGACUUGCUCGAUCUGAGUUGGUACCCUAUCGCCGGCUGCUGUGUAGUGUUGGUCACGCAUUUGAGCUCGUACGUCGUCGACGUUCCGAGGCCCUCCUGGCUUUCCUCGGUGUUCAUACUCGUGGACUGCAUGGUGGUAGCGUGCUUCAACAGAAGGUUCCAGCAUAUGGCCUACGAGGCUACAAGUGGUAGCCUCGGUGCCACUCCGCGUUUUAACGUAGACUGCUGCCCAGGUUGCCACGCCACUUCAACAGUCCAGACAACAUUCAUUAUGUACCUGAUGCUGUCCUACCUGUCAACAUUCUUGCUGCCGUGGAAGUACGCUAUCAUCGUUGUGCUGGGAGUGGCUUCGACCUACCUGUCUUUGAUGUUGAGCUCCUUGGCAUUCGCACCAUCACACGAUUCGACACCCGAGACAGUGGUAUGGCUGUUGCUGGAGUGCGUCCUUUUGAUGGCCGGCUGCGCGAUGACUCUGCUGACUCACGGGGCUCUCGAGCGCUCAGAGCAGAAGUUGCGCCUUCUCCAGGAGGAGCAGAAGAGCGGCUUCACCGACAUAGACCUCGCGCCUCUGGAGGACCCCCAGGUGAUCUCGCACUGGACGAGGCGCUCCCUGCGGGAGGCGCCGCCGCCCGUGGGCCUCUCCCUCGCGGAGGGCCCCGAGCACAGCCAGGACUCCAAGCACAGCCUCGGCGCCCCCAGCGGCGAGGCGGAGGGGGCGCCCGCCGCGCGGCGCGGCGAGUGCGAGGGCCGGCAGGCCUGCGGCAAGGUGGACUGCCUGCCCCGGGAGGCCGUCGUGUGGGUGGAGGGGGAGGAAGUCCCCCGGGAGCUGCAGCAGCUGCGCGAGGGCCAGCGGGUGCUGUGCUACGACUCGCUGGGGGACUGCGUCGACUACGUGAGCGUGGAGCACCUGAGCCAGGAUACUCGGUCCCUGGACUGGGUGAACGUGGCGCUCGAGGACGGGACGAACCUGAAGAUGACGGCCGAUCACCCCGUGCGCAUCGCAGGGUCGGAGGGCAUGCAGUCCAUCCUGCGGGCCGCCAGCCUGCAGCCGGAGCGCCACAGCAUCGUCGUCCACGGGGACGGCACGCGCCCCGUGCCGGUGCAGAGCGUCUCGCGCGUGGCGUGCCGCGCCGAGAGGCCGGGGGGGCGGGCGGCCGUCUCGGUGAGGCAGUCCGCGCGCUACUCCAUCUUCGUCGCGGAGGGCCCGGGGAAGUGCCGCCUGAUGGCCGUGGGCUCCGCCGACCUCGCCGCGCCGGCGAACCUGCUGCGCGUGGGCCAGAGCAACACCUUCCUGCACGCCUCCGAGGCGCCCUCGCGCGAGGCCUCCGCGCACUCCUGGCCGCCGAGCAAGCGGCGCUACCAGCACUACUCGGGCCUCCCCGGCCUCGGGCCGCCGCCCCGCGCGGGCGCCUCGGAGCACGCGCCCGGCGGCCAGGAGGAGCCGUCCUGGCAGUCCUCCAGGUCCAACACCUCCGAGCGCAUCUCGUCGUCCAGCGGCUCGCUCCCCGACGACGCCGUGGAGUCCGUCAUCCUGCCGCGGCCGCUGACGCGGCUGAGCGAUCAGCUGAAGGCCGCGGCGGCGGGGGCGCCGAGCCUCGGCAGCGGCGGGCACUUCGACGGGGCCUGCAGGCCGUGCACCUUCGGCCACCAGGGGCGCUGCCUCUUCGGCGUCUGGUGCACGAGCUGCCACCACCAGCACUUCAAGGUGCGCGGGCGCCUGGCACGCCUCAAGCCGGCCAAGGCGAGCAGCGCCCUGCCGGCCAUCGGGCCGAAGUCCCCGGCCAAGCAGAUGCUUCAGUGAGCCAGGCCGUGCCGGAGACGCGUCUGGAGUCAGGGGGCACAUUGGUUGCAGUGCGCGGCUGCUGCACGCGUCGCCCGGCUCGCCGCGGCGCGCUGCGGAGCCGCCCCGGAAGGGCACAGAGGAUGGGCAGUCUCUGCAGUAGCGGCCCCGGAAUGCGGACCCGCGCGCAGUUUGCAGGGGCACGCUUGCCAGGUAGAUGUACCGAUCAGGUUCCGUUCCAGCCAGAGGCUUCCCGGAGAGAGCUCGGAGCGAAUCGCCUGCGAUGAGGACUGUCCAGUGGAGGGGAGAGGGCAAGGCGGCUCGCCGUUCGCCCCCCCCACCACCCCUCAGCGCGACGCGGGCCGAAUCCGAGCAUCAUGACUCCCUGGCGGCCCUCCUCCCAUUCCCUCCCCCCAUCCCGCCUCCCCCCUCCCGCCCCUUCCCGCCGACU